UUCCUCUGCUCACCUCCUCAAACCACUCCACACUGGGACUUUACCUGCAGCAUUUUACCGUUUGGCUUCUCAUUUUCUGCAGAAAUGUUGGAAAAGACCUUUUUCCUGCUCUGGUUUUCAUCUGCUCUGGGUAAACAACUCUGUAUACCUGAUGCUUCAGACGGUUACAAAGUUCGACUCAGCAUCAACACUGCUCUGGGAGAGGAAGCUUAUCCCUGGACUCAAAGUGAGAUGUUCCUUUUUCGAGCCACUUUGGCCUUUGCCAUGAGGAAUCACAUCAGUGGACAGGAAUUCGAAGUGUCGAACAUUGUUGUGUGUGAUGAGACUCCCAGAGUGUCCUUCUGGUUUGUGGUUACCUCACCACUGAACACUUCGGAACUUGUUGAUAAAGAAAAUGUGGAGGCGGCCGUCAGACAGUCCAGGAAUCGGAUCAACAAUGCCUUCCUGCUAUCUGACAACACUCUGGAGUUUGUGGGCAUCACUCCCACCCUAGCAGCACCCGUCAACCCUGACACCCCCCCAUGGCUCAUUGUGUUUGGGGUGGUCAUGGGUGCCGUGGGUGCCGGCAUCAUCGUUGUGCUUGUGUCCUCUGUGGUCCAAAAGAAACGCAAAAAGAGCGGGAAGACAGAAGACGAGGACAUCGAAGAGGAGAUACAGGCAAAAACAAUGGAAAAUGGUGCUGCAAGGGAUGGUGUUUACAACUUGUCUUUCACAGAUGAUGAGCGAUUCACACAGAUGUAAAGUGCUUGGGUAUAGAAAGUCUUCCAUGUAAGCAAUAAGAGGGGAAAUGUUAUCAAGCUGCUUUAUGUGGAUUAUCAAUAGAUGCUUGCAGUUUGUGAUCAUAGUUAUUGAUAAGUUUCUAAUGCACAUGAUUCAUACUUUUUUAAAAUUUCCUUUUUAAGGGCUCUAUUGAUGGUUAUUUCUGCACUGUCAGAAAACAGAAACAUGCACUAUGCUUUCAUUUUCCAAAUGAAUGUGUAAAUGAUUGAUACAUGUAUUUUGUAAAUAUUUUGCAUUAGCCUAUGUCUGAGAACAUUCUACACAACUAAUCAUUUACUGAACUGGACAUUUAUUGAUUUGUUUAGCAAAUAACUUUUCAGACAAAAACUCCUUUAUAGCUCAACGGCCAAGCAAUUGUACGACUGAGAUGUAUGGCACAAACAAAAAUCUUGCCGUAUGCAAAAUUCCAGGGUUCAGAUAAACAUAUCUAAAUGUUUAUCUCCUUAAGUGGGAAGGCUGUUGACUAGUUCUGUACUAUAUCUAACUUGCAAAAUGUGACUGAAUCAAAUGACAGCCCAGAGGACAUGUCAGUAAAUCCUUCUGCUGUCUGUUUGUUUGCCAUCAGACUCUUUCUUUUCCCAGAUUACACAGUGACAGAGAAAAUCCCUAUAAACUCAGUGAUGGGCUUAGCUGCAGCAUUCGAGGCAGCGUUGGAGCUCUUUAUCGUGAUGGUUAGCAGAAGUGUUGCUCAACACAAUUUACAUAUGGUUGUGACAGAACAGGGCAGCAUCCUUUGAACGCACAGAUUUGUGUAAUCAAUGCAUAAUUCAAAAUAAAAGUCCUGCAUUGGGCCACUAUAUGUGACAACCUUUCUAGGUCUAACUAUGGAAUGAGAAAAAGUUCCUGGCACUCCCAAAAUAGUUAAAUAAAAUAAAAAUAAUUAGAGCACCCUCCCUUCAGCAAGUACAAAGAUAACCUUCCUGCUUUAUUGUCAUAGUGUCCCUUCACUUCUCCUCUAAAGAAAGACGUGUUCAUAAGUAUGAGCCAUAAACUCUUAGGGAAUCUCCUGUGGCAGCAACAAUCUUUACAAACAACUUGUUUUCAUGAUUUUAUAAUAGCUAUGGUCUUUUAUCGAAAACUGAAUUUCCAUUUCCUGUGUAAUUACAUAUAUUUUGAAAAUGUUCCAGCUGCUGUGCUGUGAUCAUUAAAAACCCUACACAGAUACAGUGCAUAUAUUGACCAUAAGGUGGCACUAUUGCACUGCCAACUUGCCUGAUCACACACUGUUGUCUCCCUAUCUCCCUGUCCUCUUGUUGGCACUAUGUUUUUGCGUGUGAACAUUUGAAUUUCAAACAUAUUGUAAUUCACUCUUAUUUUAUUUUUGUCGAACUCUCUGAAGUGAUAACAGUGUGUGAGUCCUUCACAUUCCACAGUCUAUAUUUAGGUCAUUGUUAAACAAUUGUCUGAUCCUGGUGUGUCUUCUCUAACAUUUUGUGCUUUGAUAUUUCUGCAGUAGUUUGUGUUACGCUGGAGGACAUCCACAAUAUCCUGACAAAUUGCAGCGCGGUCAGGAUUAGUUAUCAUUUGGCUCUUCAUGUAAUAUUCCACUCCUCUUUCCUCUGCAUUCUUUCUCUUGCCCGAGGAGUCCGGGCUUUUACAACUCAUCUUUCUUGUCACGGAGCCAAAGAUUUUCUGUCAAAUUUAGCUUGUAAGCAUUGCAAUCUUAAAAGGCAGCUGAUUAAGACCUAAAUUCCCGCUGUAGAGGAGAACAG